AUGGUCAGCCUGACGACUUGGGGCGCCAUGCCCCAGGUUCCGCCGUCGCCCACGCUCACGAACCCCGAUAUGAUCUUGCCCGACCUCAGCGACGGCCAAGACUCGACGCCCUCGCCGCGCCUGCGAUCGCAACGCCCACCCUCGCCCCCGUCGCAUCUGCUGCGCCAGAGCUUCCAUCUCGAAAAGGCCCCGCCGAGCCGACGAAGCCGCUCCAAUUCGCGCCCUUCGACCGCUAUGCGCGUGUCGCAGCACGGCUCGGUGCAUUUCGACGGCUUUGACGGUGACUUUGACGGCGACACCACCCCCAAAGGCCAGGUCCGCCAAGACGACGCUGUCGCUCAGGACACGCCGCGCACGAAUGUGAUGCACAACUGGCAGAGAGACAUGGAGCGCAAGGCUCAGGAGCACGCCCGUCUUGUGAGUGAUGCCGACAGCGCCAACUACUCGACUAGUCUGGAUGGUGCGCACGGCGACAGCGACGGCAGCGGAAGCGCCGAUGACAGCGAUGGGCGCUACGGCAGCUUACCGUACGUGGCGGGCAGCGACGAGGACACGGACAACGAGCAAUGGCUCGAAGGCCAGGAAGAAUUGGACCUGGAGGCCAUUUCCUCGGCCGCGCUGAGCAAGCGAGCGGAAAUGAUUCUCGCCAAUGCCAAGAAGAGGCUUAACCUGAUGGAAGGCAAUCUCAGAGGCGCUCGGCAAUCGCUGCUCCCACCUCAGCGGCCCCCGUCGUACACCUCUUACCACUACUACAAAAGAGCCUCUAGCAUCUCGCCCACUCCCAAGGGGUCGGGUCCCAUCUACAUCCCCCAGGCCAAGCAUGCCUCCUUACAUACGCCGCCCAUGUCCAGCCAUGGCCACACUCGCGUGCACAGCGAAAUAUCCGUGUCGUCGCCACCUAAUUCAUCCUUCUCGCACAGAGGUCAACCUCCUGAAAAGCGGGCCGUUAGUGCGAUGGGCCGUUUUAGCGGCCAGUGGUCCCCACACGACUUCAGCCUUGGAAAUACAGUCGGAAAUCGCUCCAGCGGUUUACGAGGUGUACGAAGCCAAGAAGUCAUUAGGCACACAUGGGUGUCUUCCGAGCAGCACAAUCACCGCUCACCCUCGUGCUCGUCCAAUUAUCAGGCUUCACCGACGUUGGAAACGCUCCGGGAAGACGAAGGCUACAACAAAUCGGGAGGUGAUCUGCGACGCUCGGCCUCCACUACGACCGAUCUGCGAGCUCAAAUGCAAGACCUAAAGGGGAGGAUAUCGAACCUAAAGGAGCGAGCUCGUGAAGAAGACAUGAAAAGACGCAGCCUCGGAAACCUUCGAACUCCUAGUCCUUUCAAUUUUGCUAGAGAUUGGGAUAGUGCGGACCAUCACGCAGAGCGCGCGUCAUCUUCAUCCAGUUCUGAGCGCAAUAUUAGCGGCAUGUACUCCCGUCCGUCCCCCGCGGAAACUCGCAACGGAUACUACGAGAGGAAUGUUGGACCCCAACAAAGCCAGGACGACGAGAGGUCAAGCGAAUCUGGAUCCGACGACACCCGCAUCCUGGACGAUCAUGAGCCAAGCACCGACGACCAAUUUGGAUAUGAAGGUGACGAUCUGGAUGCAGAUGGAGAAAGCAUAUAUGAGGAUGCACCUCAGGUCGUUUCUGAACGUCACGAGGACCGUGCAGACGCCUUCGAUUACGAACACUUCUUCCUCCACAGCGCCAUGGGCACUUACACCCGCGAAAACCGUAGCCAUAGUGUCAGUUCUGAGGAUUCGGUUGAGACCACUCGCCCAGCGUCGCCUCCUCCGGAAGUUCCGGCAGUUCCCGCGAUACCCGAAAGCGUUCUGUCGCCGCACAGGCGCACUCGCAGCCAGGAUUCUAUUUCAACAAUAGCUACCUUCCAAACUGCUACUGAGGGAGAUGGCUCGGACGUUGAAUCGGAAGAAAGCAACGAAGCUCUCGACCAGUUCACAGAGCAGGCUCUUGGCCACCAUCUUCCUCCUAAAUCGAGCAGCCAGAGUCUGCGCUCGGCCGCAAGCAGUAAUAGCGGUCAAUUACGUUCUGUUGCAAGCUUUUACAGCCAGAAAACGUCGUCCAGUGGACAGCGCCAGCUGAGAUCUGCAGGAAGCAUCUACAGUCCGAACAUUCAUUCGCCAGGGGCCUCGACGCCGGAGAUACUCGACCCCACCUCGAAGAUCAUUGCCUCGUUCUUUAGCCCCCAGAAGGAAAGGGGCCAACUUACGCCGCUCAAGCAGAAGGACGAGGAUCUGCUGUACGCUCUGACGACCAGCAUUCAGCAAGUGUGUGUUCGACUCCAAAAUGCUCAGGACGAUGAUUACGAAACAAAAAUUUGGCGGCGCAGGCUCGACGCGGCUCGGAAGAUCCUCGAUGGCGUGCCGAACGAAGACAUCUGA